GACUCAUUGUUGGCAGGACUGGGAAGAUGGCAGCCUCCCUGGCCAGUGGAGGGCCAGUUUUUUCUCCCACAAUGCCUCUGGAUAGCAUUGUUCCAUGUAAGGCAUUGUGGAGUAAUUUAGAAGCCUAGAGGACCCUACAUGCUGUUUGUGAGGGCUGGUAACAAGAGAGAAGUGGGAGGCCAGCAAAUUCAUCCGCAUGUUUCUUCUACGUGGCAGCUUUGCUGACUUUGAAGCCUGUGAAUUUCCUCAGGACUGAGAAGUCAGGAGAAUGAUCACCUGUGACUUACUAACUUUCAGACAAAAACGAUAACUUCUGUUCCUCUAAAGUACUAUCCUAUGCAUAUCUACCCAGAAGCAGGCACCAUUAAGUUCAAUAGGAUUUAUUCCCAGCUAAAUUAUAGGAGUCAAGUCUUAAUGGGUGUCCUAUUCUUUCAGCUCCCUUGCUAGUUCUUUUUAAUAGGAUUUGCAAACUGAUUCGGAGCACUUCACAUAUGUGAGCAAGCUACUUCUCUCUCUCUCUCUCCCCACAGAUCUCUCUCAGUACAGGACAAUGGAAAGAGAACUGGACUGUGCACAAAUAUGUGGGAUUUCCACGAUGUUGGAAAUAGCUGGAGGCUAUCUACACGUAUGUCGCUUGGUUCAUAUGGAGGUUUUCCCAUGUAAUUCUGUACCCAGAAGGUGUUAAAUGGAACAGAAGUGGGGAAAUCACACCACUUCUAACAUGUGAGCACAGUUCAUCCAUUUGAUUGACUGAAAUACAGUACUAACCAAUCUGUCCUUACUUAUGUAUUCGGACCAUUGUUACUAAAUAGAUGGUUAAGAUGGCAAGGUCUUUUUGCAUUACCAAUAAGCUAUUUUGUUUUAAAAACAGGGAAGAGCUGUAGUGGUUCUUUCAGUAGACCCUUCGUUUCUUCUACAUCCUUUUCUCAAGACCCCAAUGGAAACCAAUAUUCUAAAAAGAAAAGGAAUAGUGGCAUCAGUCUGGAAAGGCAUGGAUAGAGCCUUCCCACUCCAAAUAAUGAAGAUCAUCUUGUGCUUUGUUCUUUUUCUUUUUAAAAAGAAAUCUAUGGGUUGGAGAUUGAUGCCUUUUGGGAUAAUGCACUGAGC